AUGGAUCAAAUAAGUUUGUUGCAGAGGUUUCCAUAUUUAUUACCGAAAAACAAAAGUUGUACUAAAUAUGGUGGAUUUAUUAUCACUAAUGAUGAAGAAUUUUUUGUUGAUUUAAACGUACCUAAUUAUCCAAAUUUGGAUAAUAUCUCAUUAGAAGUAUAUAAUCAAAAUGUUUUGCAAAAUAUAGAAAGUUAUAAGUUCAAUAAUUCUAAAAGUUUAUAUGAAUUUUUGCUGCAAUUGGAAAGAAAAUUGACACCAAUAUUGCCAAAAUGCCAGCAGGAUAAUAUUGGCAUCAAUUUAGAUUUUAUAAGAGAGUGUGAAAUUUUGAUUCGAAAUUAUGAUGUAAACAUUCAGAUUAAUUCUCAAAUGAAUGAAGUUCUUAUUAGACAUGAUAAUCAUUAUUUAUUAAUUGAAAGAGGGGGACAAGCUUAUGUCCUUAAACAGCACAGUUUACCAGAUUUUGUAAAGAAUGAAGUUUGCAAAGAAAUUAAAACUGAUGGAUCUUUAUGUGUUUUGUUUAAAAUAUUUAUUCAUAAUUUGAAAGUAUUGGAAAGAUUCUAUGCUGACUUAGACGAAAUAGACUUAGUAUGCUAUAUUAUUGAUCCUUCACAACCAUCAACAAGAGAUACUCAUAGACAAAUAUUAUUGGAUGAUAAUGUAUCACUAUAUGUACAAUUAUCUCCUUGGUCUUAUGGGGGAAUACCAAAACUAACAUUUAUUGGACCUAAUGAACAAGUAGACAAGUUUACAAAUACUAUUACCCGUAAUUUAAAAAAUUGGAAAAAUGAAGUAAAUUUAUUUCGCAAUUUGCUAACCAUCUUAGAUUUAAUGUAUUUUCCAAGCAGAAAAAGUGUUGCUGAAUCCUUAAAUCAACCAACAAAUGAUUUAGUAUUAAUAAGUGAUGGGGAAUGUUGCAUAUGUUUUUCGAAUAUAGAUAAUUCUAAAUUAGCCAUGGUUAUUUGUGAGAAUAAUAAAUGCAGUAGCUAUUUUCAUGCCUCAUGCCUUUAUGACUGGUUGAGACCUAUGGCUAAUCGAAUAACAACAUCAGAAGUCAUACAAGGAGUUUGCCCGAAUUGUGAAAAGAUUAUCUCUUGUCCACUAGUUGAGAAAUGAUUAAAAUACAUGUAUUUUAUGUUUAAUUAUUUGUGAAUUUAAUAAAGUACUUUCUAUAAUUUCACAGUAUGUUUGAUUUCCACAAAUUAAAAAAUAACACUCAGAUAAGUUUUUGUCUUUUAGAAUAUUUUCAAU